AUGGAAUCAGAACUAUUAUCACACACAGACUAUGAAAAGCACAAACCAGUUCUUUUAGGGCACCCCGCAGACAUAGACUUGUCCGAUAGCAUCCAACUUGUGUACGCAUCUUCAAAAAAGAACAGCUUCAGCCUCUACACGGAUGGAUCCAAAACAGAGCGAGGCGCCGGUAGUGCAUUUUGCGCUUUACAAGGGGAGACUAUUAUUAAAACAUGGAAAAGAAGACUAGAUAUUAGAAAUACAGUCUUUCAGACAGAGGUUGCAGCGCUAAAAGCAGCAAUUAAAUUUGCAGUUUAUUCACUUAGAUUCUUAGAUUCAGAGCAACAAUCUUCAGUGACUCGGCCUCUAGCCUGGCAGCGAUUAGAGGAAAUAAAAGCAGGAGCUCUUAUGUACAAGAGCUCAAAAAAAUUCUUUUGCAUUGCCCCUCCCUCCUUACGUCCACACUUGGUCUGGGUCCCAGCUCAUGUGGGCAUCACAGGCAAUGAAAAGGCAGAUGAGCUUGCCAAAUCGGCAGCAAAUGAUAAAAGCCUGAGAGAAUAUCCUGUGAAACUCCCUACCUCUUAUCUCAAGAGAAGUACUCUUGAAAAUUUAUUAUGCCAGUGGCAGGAAAGGUGGGACUCAGCACCCACGGGUAGAUCAUUGUAA